CCUAUACCAUAGAUUUUUGUAUCAUUUCCUUUGAAUCUUUGAUUGUUUCGAAGUGUAAUUUUUUUUUUUUCUUUUAAAAAAACCCUCAAUCCCCAAAUACACAUAUAGAGUUGCAUCUGUAGACUUGUCACCCGAGGCCUCACUCUCGACACAAAGAAAGAGGAGAAGAGAUUUCAAAAGAGAAAGCAAUGUUGAGAGCUGCUCAUCUCCCACCAGGUGUAUCUCCAGCUCUCGUUGCACUGAAACUAUCUUUGAUUCCCACUCUCAACCUCACAUCCCCUUCAAUCAUUCGCAAAUUCUCUUCAUUUCCUUCUCUACACGCAUUUCUCCCCAAAACAUUCCUACCUAGUUCACCUUAUCCUCUUUCUCUUGGCCUAAAGAGAUUCCCUCCCAUGGUGGCUCAGCCAUGUCCCAGAGCUUCAUUUAGUUCUGGGGGCAGCUCUGGAAGUGGUAGAGAAAUAUUGGUGCAGCACUUGCUUGUCAAGGAGGAUGACCUUAAGCUUCUAUUGGAGCUUCAGCAGAGGAUUUCUGGCGGAGUGGAUUUGAGUGAUCUGGCUGUAGAAUACUCAAUUUGUCCGUCCAAAGAAGAGGGUGGAAUGCUUGGAUGGGUGAGAAAGGGGCAAAUGGUACCAGAGUUUGAGGAGGCUGCAUUUAAUGCACCUUUAAACAAAGUUGUAAGGUGUAAAACAAAAUUUGGAUGGCACUUGUUGCAAGUUAUAUCUGAAAGGGAAGAAUCAUUACUUCAAGACAUUCAACCUGUGGAGCUUCAUGCAAAAAUGCAAGAUCCCAAUUUUUUUGAAGAGGUUCAGUUGAUUGAUGUUCGAGAACCUGAGGAAGUGGCUCAAGCGUCAUUGCCAGGUUUUCAGGUUCUUCCCCUCCAACAAUUUGGGAACUGGGGACCAGAAAUAACCACUAAAUUUGAUCCUGAGAAGGAUACUUAUCUUAUGUGUCACCAUGGCAUGCGGUCAUUACAGGUUGCCAAGUGGUUGCAGACACAGGGUUUUAAGCGAGUAUUCAACGUGUCUGGAGGAAUUCAUGCGUAUGCUACCAAGGCUGAUCCUUCAAUCCCCACUUACUAAAAUAUGAAGUUGCUCAUCUUUUUCAUCUUUAUUAUUUUUGAAUCACCAUGUAUGUAACCUACUGAAACUUGAAAGUUCCCAUAAAAUUUUCACAGCUCCUUGGGUAAUGGUCGAGUCUCGGUGAUGGAACAGUUCCAUUUUUGUUACUGAGUAAUGGUCUAACUCCUGCAGAAAAUUUGAUGAGGAUACAGUAGUUUUAAUCCCAGAUGGUGUUGGUUUUCCUUGAUUUUUCCUAUGGUAAGUUGUCACACUGCCAUAGAAUUGGCUGAUAGAGUUACAGUGACAAGAUGAAUUGCAGGUAAUUUUCUGGA